ACGGAAAGGUAAGCGUUUUGGUGGCUUUAUUAACUCUCCGUCUCCGAUCACCUGAUCCAGUGGCAUGCUAGCUACUCACGCACGCAACAGCUGAACUGAGUUGCACUACUGCUUGUUGUGCCAACUACACACGAGAGCUAGACACCCACGCGACGAUAGAAUGGAGACCAUGAAGGCAACAAGAACGCUGGUGCAGCCCGUCUACUCCACCCCUCACCCGCUCGCCGGCGAGAAGGUCCCCCUGACCGUCUUCGACCGCGCCGCCUUCGACAUCUUCGUGCCCACCGUGCUCGCCUACCCCGCGCCGGCGCCGUCCAACGAGGCGCUCAAGGAUGGACUCCGCAGGGCCGUGGCUCUGUACCCUCACCUCGCGGGCCGACUCGCCGUCGACGACCGGGGCCGCCGGUUCCUUCACGUAAACGACGAGGGCGUGCUUGUGGUCGAAGCAGCAAUCUCGGCUGACCUGUCCGGCGUGCUCGCCGGCGGUAUGACCGACGCAAACGUCGUCGUCGACGAGCUGUACCCGAGUCUCCCAGAGGACAACGUUGGCGCGGCACUCCUGCAGAUCAAGCUCAACCGCUGCAGGUGCGGAGGCCUCGUCGUCGGCAUCAUCUGCCACCACCACGUCGCCGACGGCCACUCCAUGAGCGCCUUCUUCACCACGUGGGCCAGCGCGGUGCGCGCGGGCAAGGACUUCAGCGUUCCAGCGCCGCCCUUCCUCAAACGCGCGGCCACCGCCGUGCCCCGCGCCACGCCGACACCGAUUUUCGACCACCGGUCCAUCGAGUUCAUGGGAGGCGGGGACGGCGGCCGCACCUCCAGGAUCAAGUCGUACGCCGUCGUGCCCAUGGACGAGAUCAAGAGCCUCACCGUGCACUUCACCGACGAGUUCAUCGCUGGCCUCAAGGCGCGCGUCGGCGUCCGGUGCAGCACGUUCCAGUGCCUCCUCGCGCACGUGUGGAAGAAGAUCACUGCGGCGCGGGACCUCAACCUGGAGGAGUUCACGCAGGUGAGGGUGGCGGUGAACUGCAGGGGCAGGGCUAUCCCUGCCGUGCCGACGGACUUCUUCGGCAACAUGGUGCUGUGGGCGUUCCCGAGGCUCCAGGUCAAGGACCUGCUGAACUCGAGCUACGGCAGUGUGGUAGACGCUAUCCGCGACGCUGUGGCGCGCGUCGACGGCGAGUACAUCCAGUCCUUCGUCGACUUCGGGGCUUUGGCGGACAGGAGCGGUGAGGAGCUCGUGGCUACGGCGGCGGCGGCCGGUACGAUGCUGUGCCCGGACCUGGAAGUGGACAGCUGGCUGGGGUUCCAGUUCCACCAGAUGGACCUCGGCACCGGGCCGCCGUGCGCGUUCCUGCCGCCGGACCUGCCCAUCGAGGGGCUCAUGGUCUUCGUGCCGUCGCGCACUGCCAAGGGUGGCGUCGACCUGUUCAUGGCCGUCGCGGAGUGCCACGUCGACGCGUUCCAGCAGAUCUGCCACUCGAUCGAUUGAUCAAACGGCUGAUGGCGCAUAACAUGGUUUCGGUUGCGUACACGGUUUGAUUGUGAUGAUUGCAGGGCCAGACUUUAAAAAAAAUUGAGAGCUGGUGCAAAACUCAAAACUGAGCCCCAUAUUUGAAAUAUAGCAAUAACCAAAAUAUUGUUCGAUCUAAAUCAUUACUCCCUCUAUUUCGAGAUAAAGCGUGUAAGUAUUUAAGGAUCCAAACUUUGUUAUCUUUAAUAAGCAAUUAUUUCUCUUAAGAUAA